AUGAGCACCAGAUCUUGCAGAGGUCAUUUCGAGGACUAUUCGUUCGGCACAGCACAGAGCAGCCCGCAGAACUACUACUCCUCUUCGCCGAAACCCGACCCGUCGGCGAGCCUGCGGCCGUUCGCGUUCCCCCGACCUGGCUACCCGGAAAAGGGUGGAGAGACGCUCGCCCCCGUUCAGCUUCCGAAUCGUGUGCAAGAGUUUCUAGAGCUUGAACGGCGACGACCUGCGGGGCAAAUUGACGAUGAUGAUUGGAAUCGGGGGAUAAUCGGGGGAUUUUUUUUUUAUUUUUUCCCCUAA